CGAUCCCUGGUCGAGAAGGUUGUUGCAACGAACUAGUACUCGUCCUUGACUAGAAGUAUUUACUGAGAUUGUGUUGCGACUUCGUUACUGARGAGAGUACGUAAUAACUAGUGGCUGAACAUCAGAUGGGAAGAUUCUCGUAAAGGGCGAUAKAGGAGAGCAACGUGUCCAUUCUAGAAUUAGUCGCCAAGCUUCAAAURCAACAGGAAUAGAUCUAGAAUAAGAAGCAACACAAGACAAUGGGCAAGAAAUCAAAGCGCAGAAUUGGAAAUUCCGAGCCAGCCACCAAACGAACCAUACCGGCUAAURAUGCGGAAGCAGAGUUCGAAGAAGAAACAAAAGACAAUCUAAGAUUCCAGGACCCUUAUGUUGAUGARCUGAUCGAAGAAGAGGACGUCGUUGACGAUGAYGAAGAUAUGGAGGAUGAGGAGGAUGGAGAAGUCGAUAUGAAACCAGGGGCUUCGUCAGGGGGGCGCAAGAUGAAUGUCGKCGGAGAUCUAGGCGAUGACGUGGAAGUGAUUCAAUCCUGGCACCCCCUCAUGGGGCAUCGAGACGGCGACAAUGACGAAGAAUUGGAACUCGAAAUGGAUCCUAGUGCCUACAAAAUGUACCAAACUCUGACCCCCGAAUGGCCCUCACUAAGUUUUGAUCUACUAAGGGACAACCUCGGCGACAACAGACAGCGCUUCCCUCACUCGCUCCAGGCCGUCUUUGGAACUCAAGCCGAUAAUSCGGCCGCCAACCAGGUUACUGUCUUGAAAUUGAGCGAUCUGAGCAAAAUGGCUCAAGAUCGGGAUGAAGAAGAGGACAUACUGGGAGACCCAUACGACAAGGAGGAUAAUGGCGACAAUUCUGAUUCAGACGAAGACGACCAAGAUUUAGAUCUGGAUCCUAUCUUGGAGCAUUAUUCCCUGCCCCAUUACGGUGGAGUCAACCGAUUAAGAGCUAUGCCCCAGAACCAAAAUGUUGUUGCGACCUGGAGUGAUGUCGGGAAGGUGAAUCUUUACGACAUCGGAGAACUGCGGGAACGAUUCGAGGUCUCUGAGGGACGUGGAAGGGGACCUGCCAGCAAACAAAAUAACACGAAUGGUCCAUUYUUUACCUACAAUGGUCAUUCGACGGAAGGCUUCGCCAUUGAUUGGUCUAGGACUAAAAAAGGAACUUUGGCUACGGGAGACAACGAUGGAAACAUUCACUUGUGGUCGCCUCACGAGGACGGCACCAGCUAUACUGUCACCCCUUCUUACGAAACCCCCGGGGUUUCUAUUGAAGACCUGCAGUGGUCUCCUUCGGAGGAAACGGUUGUCUGCGCCGCCGAGAGCAACGGGCACGCGGCGAUAUACGAUACGAGGGCCCCCAAUCGUGCAAUGCUACGGCCGAACCUGCAUCCUAACACCGAUAUCAACGUGCUGAGUUGGAACAAGCUCGUGAGCAAUCUGUUGGCGACAGGAGCCGACGACGGAACACUGUGUGUUUGGGAUUUGCGCCAUUUUGGUGGAAAAGAUUCGACCCCUAAACCGCUAGCGCGAUUCACGUGCCAUCGCACACCCGUAACAUCGGUAGAAUGGCAUCCCACAGACGAAUCCAUGAUCGUCAUGAGCGACGAAGUGGGUGUCUACAUAUACGAUUUGUCUGUAGAAGAAGACAUUGCCACCCAAGAAAAAGAGAAGGGCCAGACGGACAUGGAACAACUCGUGGCAGACAUUCCGCCACAGUUGCUMUUUUGCCAUUCAGGAUCAAAGCAAUUCAAGGAAUGCCAUUGGCAUCCGCAAAUAUCGAGUUGUGUUAUGACCACGGCCUACUCAGGAUUUUCUACCUUCAUUCCGAGCAAUCUGUAGUAGAUAUUUAAUGCUAGACUCGAAUGGAUAGAAAAUAUUGUAAUUCGAUAGAUUAUUUUCUUGUAYGGUACGCAAUCUGCCACUGAUAACGAAAAUGGACUUUUCGCAGAGUAGAGGUACGGUGGGGAUGGAAGGUUUCCAAGGAUUGCCCUCCCCUGUUGCCCUCAACCCCUUCUUUCACUUCUUUUCCAUUCCAGUCAUGAUGAGAUGCUUCURGUCACUAGCUGCUAUGCUGUAAACCAAAGUGCCAUCAGGGACCUUCUUACACUGGAUAUUGGAUAUUUGCAUAGGUAACCACUGUUGAAGGACAGGCGCGCGCACAUCAGAUAGUUUCAAGAAAUGUACAUGUAUGUGUGUCCAAGGCCCAGACAUCCAAACAUUUCCAUUACAUGCAGAAAASCCAGUGGAUGAAACAAACUGGAUGUGAUAUACAUCACAUUUGUUCUCAUUCUUUUACUUUUAUCUAGUCUAUAGGGUUUUCUCAACAACAGCACUCUUUAAUUUUUUUGUAACUUUUKGAUUUUUUUAGUUUUCACGAUUUUCUUAAAAAGAGUGUGUGUAGACUGCAGUACAAUUUUAAACAAAAUAGGACUUAAAUAAAGAAACAAGUAUAUG